CACUGUGCCUCAGCUUAUAUGUCUGUGUCCACUGGAAACAGCCCCUUCCCAGUACUUUCCUUCUGUUCAAGCUACUGUUGCAGCAAUGAGGGCAGGAUAAAUCUAGGUAACCAACUGCAUCAUCAUUGGAAGUAUGGAUUUUUGACUGAGAUGGAGUUUUGAGAAGUUCAUUUGAAUAAUGGUGCUCGGAAAAGCCAUGGACAUGAGCUUGAUGGAUAUAUCCAAGAUUUUCUCCAUGCUCCACUCCCGAGAGGAGGAUGAUGAAGAAGACUCUGGCGAGGGCAGGCUGCUGAACCAGUCCGUUUCCAAUGAUGACGCCGGACUCCUGGCUGAGCUGCUGUCUCAGGAGAAGUACAGGAAGUUCAUCAACAGUCGGACAGGCUGGGGGAUCCCUGGCACCCCUCUCCGGACGGCGGCUGCUCAGGGCCACCUCCGGUGCCUGGAGCUCCUCCUGGCCCACGGCGCAGAGGUGGACAGCCUGGAUGUGAAGGCCCAGACCCCGCUCUUCACCGCCGUCAGUGGGAAGCAUUUGGACUGCGUGGCGGCGCUCCUGAAAGCUGGGGCUGACCCCAACGGCAGCGUGUACAACAACUGCACUCCUGUACUCACAGCCGCCCGUGAAGGGGAUGUGGACAUCCUGAGAGAGCUCCUCCUGCAUGGGGCGGAGGUCAACGUCCGGCCGAAGGUGCCCGAGUGGGCAACCAACGCCACGGCCUGCACUGGCCCCCUGUACCUUUCCGCAGUUUACGGACACCUGGACUGCUUCAAGCUGCUCCUCCUGCAAGGCAGCGAUCCAAAUUACAACUGCAUUGAGGAGAAGCUGCUUGCCAGGAUCAAGCAGCCUAAGACCGUGCUGGAGAUGUGCCUUAGGUAUGGCUGUGGUGUUGAGUAUAUCCAGCUGCUGAUAGACUUUGGGGCAAAUGUCUACCUCCCCACUCUCAUUAUAGACAAAACCACCAAGCAAAACGAAGCGGUGCUGCUGCUACUCAAAGAGAGAGUUUGCCCCAAGUCACUGAUGUCCCAAACACGACUUGCUAUCCGAAGAUAUCUACGCGCAGCUAACAACAUGCGUUCCCUCGACCUUCUGGAAAUCCCCCCAAUACUGAGAAACUACCUGAAACAUGUCACAUGAUGUCACUUUAAUUAACACUAGUAUGAGGAUCUCCUCACACUGGAAAAGGACACUGAACACAAACUGAUUUCUUUCUGUGUUUCUUAGAAAUAUUCUGUAGACAUAUUUCAUGAUUCGUAUUUUGUAUUGUAAAAACAAACAAGUCUAUCCAAGUCUGAAUCUCCUUCAAAGGUACAACAGUUGUGUCAUUCUUGUCCUCUGAACCCUCUGUGUAGGAACCUGGGUACUUUAUAGCUCAUCUCUUAUACAGCAUUUAACACUGCAUAAUUGUAAGAAGAAUUUAAUUCCAUAUACAUUUUCUUUAAUUGAGGUUUAUCCAAUGAUUUAAAGGGUUAACGGUUUUUAGUGUCAAAAAUGGCUUGAAUUAAAUCAUGAAGCAGAGCUGCAUGCAAUUUUCUGCCGGUAUGCAUUUUGAAUACAAGUUUAUUAAUAUUAUAUUGUGGAGCUUUUUUUUUGCUGGAUGUGUUAAUUUAAUAAGACUGUACACAAGUGAAAUUAUUUUAUACUAUCUAAGUAAUUAUGCAAUGAUUGUUUUUUUAUUAACCAAACCAGCUUUAAUUGAUAUAUAUAUGAAAUGUCAUCAUAAAAGAUUAAUGUUCAUCAAAAUAAAUACGAUCCAGGGAAGGGUUUUGUCACACCAGAAUGUCUGCAGAACCUGUCCAGCAAAUCAACAGGACCUGUGGAUUUAAAAUCAAGAAUCAAAGUGUUCUGAAAUUAAUGACCCAGUCUGCACUGUAAUUUAUGUUACUGUUUGAUAGUGACACUGAUGUUUAAGUAACAUGAAAGAAAAACAUAUGCCUUCUUUAUCCAAUCAGUUCACCAUGCUAAUUUUAAAAUUAAGAAGUCAGCUGACCAAACUGGUCAUGUGGCCUGGACAUUGAGUAUCAAGCACUCCUAUUUAGACAGAGGUUGACCUUGUGCCACACAUUUGCACUCUUAUUGGAUAAUGCAUGAAAUCAGUUGCGUGGCUCAGGUUUGACGUCAACCUGUUUAACAACUGGAAUCAGAUUUGUAAAUGGGUAACAUAUUGUUCUGCAUUUGCAUACUUUUUGAUUAGUGUAAGUAGUGAGUUGGUCAUAGACAUAGUUGAGGUUCUGGGACCAAAAUGUGUAUACUUAAGGCAUAUACAAAUGGCACAAAGGUAUUUCUUUUUUAAUCAAAUCAGGAAUAGUAUAUUUAUGGUGUAUAUUGUGAAAUUGGCUGUAAACAUGAAAGGCUGUAGGAGUAUAAUGUUGUGUCAUUGUACAAGCAACCAAAGAGCAUGUCUUCUAAUAAACUGCAUCAAUGGUUCUUCCAUAA